UUCUGGUAGUGACGUCACACUAUGAUAACGAUGAAAUGAAACUAGAAGUAUUAUGCUUUCAAAAAUUGUUGUUUUUCUUGCUUAUUUUCCAGAUAUCAGAAUGUAGUGGUAAAAUAGUUUCCGUGGAGGUAUUUCACGAGGAAAAUUUUGAAACUAAAGCGGGACAGGAGCAAGAUGUGGUAAAGCUGAUUGACCCAGAGUUGAAAUCCUGGGAGAAAGAUCUGAUGCUUGAUGUGAUGAAGUACAAAGCCAGCCUUCAGAAAAAUGAUGUUGGUGAUGCUAAGAGCAGAGACAGUGACGAAAGUGAACAGAAUCACAAACUUGCAAAAACUGAAGACACAUUCCACACACAAGAGGCCAUAAAAAUAAAAGAAAAUGAAGAUAAAGACAUAGGUAAAGAAGAAAUCCAAAAUCAAGAUCUAGAUUAUCUAAAGGAUGACAGACAUCAUUAUCAAAAAGAGGACACAAAAAUUCUGGGAGAAGUAAAAUCUGUGAUCAAAUCGGAAAAAGCCAAACAUCCAAAUCCUCAUUACAGAAAAAUUCUUAGAAAAUAUGGACAUCACCAUAAAAAGGCAAAGACAUGGAAUAAUAAGGAAAAUCAAAUAGCUGAUUCUGAUUUGGAGCAGAAGGUCAUGGACAUUGAAGAGGAGGACAAGAGAAUUGAGGACCAGCUUGCUCCUCCAGUGGUACUGCCUGAGGAUGAGGACACAGAGGGGGGACCACAGAUUCCCAGGCCGCUCCUCAGAGUGAAGAGACAACUGGACAUCAAUGCUAUCGCUGAUGCUCACCUAGAGAACUCCUCCUCCUCCUCUGGGAGCAAUGACACCAAUGUUGAUGUGAUAACAGCUGAUGACCGCAACGAGGAGGCGAGAGCCAAAGCGAGUCAGGCCGACCUUCUUAAGUACCUGGUAGGGACCCUUACAUCAGUUGCCAUCUUCUCGUUCAUUGCCUACUGCUUCAUCAAGGACCCCAAGGGCUGCAUCCAUGCAUUUGGUUUGGGCUGUCCAUGCUGUAUAGUCUGUCUGCCUUGUAUCAGAAAAUGUCAAGAGAAAACGGAUAUGGAAGCAGUGAUGAAGGAGAACAUGAAUCGAUAUAUGCCGGGGAUGGUCAUCCACGAAGACGGAAGUAUCGAGGCCUACGAGGUCUCUCCAGAGGAAAUAGAUAUUGUCAUGGAGAUUGUGGACAUCAUCAAAGAAUAGUGUCUCAAAUCCAUCAAUUGUAAUGAAAUAGUGUGUUAAAUCAUCAACAGUGGAACUAUAUGCAUGACUGUGUAUGUACUAACAAUGAAUAGGAAACUAAAUGUUUCACGGAAGCAUCAAAAUCCUCAAGAUUCAGAAUUUCUUUCAAAUUCAUCACUAUGCAUAAAUUAACAGCUAGA